AUGAAGUUCGCAAAGGAACUUGAGGACGAGGCCGUCCCAGAAUGGAGGGUCAAAUAUCUUGAUUACAAGCAAGGCAAAAAGAAAAUCAAGGCCAUCUCGAAAGCGCUACGGAACCUGAACAGAACGCCUGGCACUCCCGUCCGCCCAGCUCUACUCCCCGAAGACACCUCGGAAAGGAUACCCUUCACACACUAUGACUUCCAUCGUCCGCGGCCGUAUACCGCUCAGUCAUUGCCCGAUGUUGCAGGGACUGGUCGGGAGCAAGCUGAAGACCACUCCCAACGGCCAGGUACUGCACAGGCUAGCCGGACUUUGUUCGCACAUUCGCCGCCUAUUCUCAUCCCCAUUGCUCGAGGUGAAAGCAAUGAGGCAACACUGGAGAGAAGACCACUACACAAUGACGAUGCAUACAUUCCAAAUAGGAGGCAGAUGAAUUAUGGGAGCAUUGUGGGCACUCCACCGUUAGAGGAAACGCCGGGACAAUUUGCGGCUCUUGAACUGCCCGAUCCUGCACUGAGCCCAGCCCGGACUCGAACAGGUGCCGACGGCGAGAUACCACCCGCUCUUGAUGGUCUACCGUUGCCCGAAGCUGCCCAGGCACCUCCAGCUCCUGACGCAUAUCAUGUCGGUGAAACCACACCUCGUCAUAAGCACAACGUUGGGGGAACUCUUUCCAAAGCCAUGUUCAAGGCUCGACACGCUGCCAAGAGGCAAUCAAUACCUGGCACGAAGCAGAACACUCAACCUCGUUCUUCGCUCAGGAGGUUCUUCUCCGCCUAUCCUCUGGAUGAGCCCCGGGAAAACGAUGUCCAGCUCGUGGCCUAUAGAGAUCUCGACAUGAAACAGGACGAUUUCUUCGCCUUUCUGGACAGGGAACUGGAGAAGAUUGAAUCGUUUUACAAGAUCAAAGAGGAAGAGGCGACGGAACGUCUCCGAAUGCUUCGAGGUCAAUUGCAUGAGAUGAGAGAUCGCAGACUGACGGAAAUCAUCAAGUCGAAGCGGACCAAGGAACCAUCUCAGCAGCAUCUUGUUGACCUAGAUCUACCUCUGAAUGGGCGACCAAGAAUACCAAACAAGGAGGACGCGCACUCCAACGGAAAUGGUUCAACCUUCAUCAAGAAGCCGAUCGAAGAGGCUCUGGGUCGUCGCACGACCAUUGGUAAGACCUCACAAGCAAUGCAGCAGUUGAGUUCUCCUCCCGGACCGAAGGCACAAAACCGAGCCAAUGAUUCGAAGCAAGACUAUGUUCGACACAAGCGUACAAACGAUGUUCCAUACAGAUACGCCAAGAGACGGCUCAAGCUGGCAUUGCAAGAAUACUACCGCGGGCUGGAAUUGCUCAAGUCCUAUGCCCUCCUCAACCGAACAGCGUUUCGCAAAAUAAACAAGAAAUACGACAAGCUUGUGCAGGCUAGGCCGCCACUUCGAUACAUGGCAGAGAAGGUGAAUGACGCUUACUUUGUACAAAGCGAUGUGGUUGACAAUCUCCUGAUGGCGGUGGAAGACUUAUAUGCUCGGUAUUUUGAGCGUGGGAAUCAUAAAAUUGCUGUCCGAAAGCUUCGGUCUAGAUUGGGUACCGGCGACCAGUCAGGAACCACAUUCCGCAAUGGCCUCUAUGUCGCGGCGGGCACUUGUUUUGGCAUAUCUGGUCUAGUUCAAGCCGUGACUCUGCUUGCCGAGUCGCAUCCACCGGUAUCGACAAACACGAGCUACCUGCUACAACUCUAUGCCGGCUACUUCCUGGGGCUUCUGCUGUUCCUUCUAUUCUGCCUUGACUGUCGAAUUUGGACCAAGGCGCAUAUCAACUACGUCUUCGUCUUCGAAUUCGACACCCGACAUGUUCUUGACUGGCGCCAGCUAUCCGAGCUACCUUGUUUCUUUUUGUUUCUGAACGGGCUUUUCGUCUACAUCAACUUCCAGCAAGACCCUAAUGACUGGUUCUAUCUCUACUGGCCGGUCGUGCUCAUAGCCGUCACAUUGGUGAUCAUGGCUCUUCCGUUCAAGGUGUUGUACUAUAAUGCGAGAAGGUGGUGGGGUUAUUCGAACUGGAGACUGUUGCUGGCUGGUCUGUAUCCUGUGGAAUUUCGAGAUUUCUACCUGGGCGAUAUGUAUUGCUCGGAGACCUACGCCAUGGGGCAGAUCGAAGUCUUCUUUUGUUUGUACGCCACCGACUGGUCCAACCCGGUGAAGUGCAACUCAAAUCACUCGCGUCUGUUGGGCUUCUUCACCGCCCUUCCCGCCGUAUGGCGUGCAUUCCAAUGUCUGCGCCGAUACUACGAUACCCGCAACUGGUUUCCUCACCUCGCCAACUUUGUCAAAUACCUCGGCAACAUGUCAUAUUACAUGACAUUGUCGCUCUAUCGUAUCGACAUGACCAACCAAAUGAAGGCAGUCUUCAUCACCUUCGCAGCUGUCAACGGGAUGUACUCUUCCUUCUGGGAUGUCUGCAUGGACUUCAGUCUUGGAAACCCGUAUGCCAAGCAUCCAUUCCUACGCGACCACCUCGCGUACAAGAAAGUCUGGGUCUAUUACGUUGCGAUGGUGGUCGAUGUGGUCCUCAGACAGCAGUGGAUCAUGUACGCCAUCUUCACAACCAACCUGCAGCAUUCCGCCUACCUUUCUUUCUUCGUCAGCCUUGCCGAAGUUAUCCGGAGAGGAAUGUGGUCCUUGUUCCGUGUCGAGAACGAGCACUGCAACAACGUCGGAAAGUUCCGCGCCUCACGAGACAUCCCCUUACCCUAUGACAUCCCCGAAUCGCCUGGAAUAACAAGCAAGACUCCGUCACCUGACCAGACAAGACAACUCCAGUCUCUACCAGGCGAACAACCUGUCCAACCAGACCUGCAGCACCAUGCUACAGGAGUUGACGUGGAGCAGCAACAGCCCGCCGUGGCUGCCUCGCCGUCCCUUCGGCACCGCAAAGCUCCAACGCCUUCAACUCCUCGCACCCCAGGCAUGCGCGCCCUGCAACGCGUUGGCACGGUCAUUGCGGCCGCGCACGCGCAAGACUUCGAGAAACGGCGUAGACCUGAAGUCGAGGGACCUGAAGGCGCUGAAAACCGAAGCAUACACACCGCUAAUAGCAGCGACGAUGAUGACGAUGACGAUGAUGACGACGACGAUGACGAAGCCGCCGAGGACGACGGUGGAGAUGAAGAGGUCGCGGAGCUCCGUCGCCAGGAGCGACAGGAACGGGAAAUCGAGGAAACUGAAGUCGCAGAGGCUGAAAGGUUGGUGAGGCGAGCCAGGGGCGAUGAUGGUUGA